CUGACUUCUUACUAAUUCCAUCAUUGCCAUAGUAUCAUAGUUAAUUAUUUUGCUACUUUAAAAUGGAAGACAAAUAUUUUGGAUGGGAUGAAAUUUCUAAUGGAUUAAUUUUAUUAGAUACACAAAAGACUGAAGAUGAGCAUAUUAAAAAAAUUAAACUACAGUCUGAUCUUGAUCAUCAAUCAAAAGUAUAUUGUCCACACUCAUAUUUGAUUUUAAAUUUCCAUGAAACCUUAAGUCAACGUGAUAAGGUAUAUAAUGAAAAGGAAAAAAAUUUAGUUAAAAUGCUGUCUAUUAUUUCUUUAUUACAUUAUAAGCACAUGUUUUUUCAGCUUAGAUUUAGAAAAUAUUAUUUAAGAAAAGUAUCUCCAAACGAACCGGAUGUUAUUAUUUUGCAAGAUAUAAAAGAUCUUGUGAUGUUCUUAUUAAUCAGUCCCAUAAGUCCUCAAUUUGUGAAUUUCUUUCAUUUACCAGUUGUGGAUCGUUUUUUGAGGGCAGCAAUCCUUUAUUUUCAAUAUUAUAUAAUAACAUGGGAGGAAUUAAUGAAAGAACGUGCAGCUACUAUGAAAAAAGCACCAAAUCCCUUAGCUCAGGGCUAUAGAUUUAGAUAUGCAGAAGAAAUGCAAAAUCUUCGUUGUGUUUUAGGUAGAGAAUAUGCUGAUUUAAUAGUAGGUUGUCAAGAUAUCAUUCAAUAUCAUCAUAUGACUAGUGGAAAAAAAGGAGCUCCAUCUUUAACACAAUCACAAGGAGAAAAAGAUUUACGAAUAUAUGAGGUAUUAAUUUGUAUGACACAUCGUAUUGUUUGGAUAGCUUUAGAACGCAAGUAUUUCAGUUUAAUUGAAAUUGAAUUGCAUAGAUUAUUUAGAACUGAAACAUAUAAUAUAGCUGAAAAGCGAAAUAUUUCUCCUACGAUUCAAGAUAUGUUGCCUGAUGACAUUCAAGUAUUGCAAGGUCAUAAAAUACAAGAAAAAAAAAAAUUAUUAAGAAAUUCACCCUUAAUACAAGAAUUAAUAUAUUCAGAUUCUGAUUAUCGUCUUCUAUCUUUAGGAAUAGAAGACAAUUCAAAUGAUAAACGCAUUCUUUACUUAAAACAUGCACUUGUUGUUGAAGAAGAUAAAUUACAUGAAUUAGGAAUAAAAGUUGGAAUUUUAGGAGAAAAUAGAACUAAUUAUGAUAUCUUAUUAAUGCCCUUGGAAGAAAAGGAUGAAAAACAAGACAAAAUUCAAUUGUCUGAUAAAAGAGAAGAACAUGAAAGAAUAAAAAGUAUUAAAGAUACAAUACAAGAUACACAAAUAUCUAUAAAAAUUCAAAGACUUCCAUCUUUUGAAACUGAACCUGAUUUAACACAAGAUUUUUCAAUGAAAACAAUUAAUAUUUCACCAAAAGGAUAUAAAAUUGCUCAUGAAAAAGCAAGAAAAAAAUGGUUAAUUAGAGAAAUAAAACGCCAGGCACAUAAAGAGAUAGAUACAUAUUCAGUAGCAACAAUAGAUUAAUUAUUUUCUUAAAAAUAAACUAAGAAUUAUAAGCAUAUUUGUUAUAUUUACAAUGUAAAUUAUUGUAA